GGCGGCCGAAGGGUGUGUGAGAGGAAUGUUGCUAUUGCUGUCCGUGGCAGCGGGGCCGGGCUCGGGAUGAGCUCGAAGGUGCGUUGGGUCCCUACCCCAGAGCGGCCGCCUCUGGGCGAGGGGGACCAGUCGCCGCCCCCACCGUCACUCUCCUGGACGCUGUCGUCGAAGUCACCCCCGGAGGCCUCCUUCAUCAGCUCCUCUCAAGUCUCGGUGCCCGACGGGGGCCUGUUCGGUUGGAUACGCGGGCGGCGCCUGGGCCAUGGAGGCCGCUGCGUGGAACCGGCGCGGGAUACGUUCCGGGCUAUGACAGGACUCUACGGUGCUAUCCAGCCCGCGGACUCGGUGUCCCCCAUCACCCGUACACACGGCGCCGUCUUCAACCUGGAAUACUCCCCUGGCGGGUCAGUGCUUACAGUUGCAUGUGAACAGACAGAAGUCCUACUUUUUGAUCCCAUCUCUUCAAAGCACAUAAAAACUCUCUCUACUGCUCAUGAGGACUGUGUAAAUAACAUCAGGUUUCUUGAUAACAGAAUGUUUGCAACUUGCUCUGACGAUACCACCAUAGCACUUUGGGAUCUGAGGAAGCUAGAUUCAAAAGUGUGCACUUUACAUGGCCAUACAAGCUGGGUGAAGAAUAUUGAAUAUGAUACUAAUACAAGAUUGUUAGUGACAUCUGGAUUUGAUGGAAAUGUUAUCAUUUGGGAUACUAACAGGUGCACAGAAGAUGGCUGCCCUCACAAGAAGUUCUUUCACACCCGUUUUCUCAUGCGCAUGAGGUUGACCCCAGACUGUUCCAAAAUGUUGAUCUCAACAUCUUCUGGGUAUCUCUUGAUAUUGCAUGACCUUGACUUAACCAAAUCUUUAGAGGUUGUCAGCUAUCCUAUUUUAAGAGCCAGGAGAACUACAUCCAAUUCAGAUCUGGUGUCUGCCACCUCAUCCAGUCCUAGGAGUGCUGGGUCACCUUGUCACCAGGGAGAAUCAAACCCAGUGUCUGAGAAACAUACGGUACGAGCCACCCAACGAGAAGGUGGAUCUCCACGCAAUAGUCUCGAGGUUUUAACCCCAGAGGUUCCUGGAGAGAGGGAUCGGGGAAACUGCAUUACAUCGCUGCAGCUCCAUCCCAAAGGCUGGGCUACUCUUCUUCGAUGCUCAAGUAACACUGAUGACCAGGAGUGGACUUGUGUCUAUGAAUUCCAAGAAGGUGCCCCAGUUCCGUCGGUUUCCCCUCGCUGCUCCCUCCGAUUGACUCAUUGCAUCGAGGAAGCCAACGUUGGCCGAGGCUAUAUCAAAGAACUCUGUUUCAGUCCAGAUGGCCGAAUGAUUGCCUCCCCACAUGGCUAUGGGAUUCGCUUGUUGGGAUUUGACACCAAGUGCAGUGAACUGGUGGACUGCUUGCCCAAAGAAGCUGCCCCUCUGCAAGAGAUUCGCUCACUCUACUCUCACACCGAUGUGGUCCUGACCACCAAGUUUUCUCCAACGCACUGUCAGAUUGCCUCCGGGUGCCUUAGUGGUCGCGUUUCUUUAUAUCAGCCAAAGUUCUAGGCACCUCUUGCCUUGGAAGGAACAACCCAAUGUUUGUUUUUAAAUUACUUCAGUUUAGUUGGAGUGUUUUAAAAAAAGAAAUCUUGUAAAUUUGGACAAGUACAGAGUUACUCUGAUCCCUGGACUUAAACAUGGGCCCAAGUUCACUCCUUCCCUUUAUGUGAGUGAGUGUGUUGUGACUCUGAAUUCACGUAUCAGACUACCUUUCUGGUUCCAUCUAUGUCGUUUGGAUAUAGCACCAUGGCACUCGUAAACCUUGAUUUUCCACAUGACUCUUAGUGCAAGAUGUUGAAUGGGCUUCAGAGGAGAGCAAGCACUCAGAUAAAACCCGUGUGCUUCUUUGCCUCAAAGUGCUGGACUUCAGCCCUUUGGCCUGGCCUCUUCGACUUUUGGAUUUUGCUGUAUUGCUGUUUUUUUCUUAUACGUGAUGGAGCACUUCACUUGCAUACUAGAUAAGACACAGCUAGCAAACGUGUAAUUUCUUUGCAAACAACUAAACAAAAUGCUGUCUCUACUUAUUGGUAUUGUUCUGCGAUAGUUCGAUCUUUUGGCUGGUAUUCCUAAAAAUUAUACACCACAGAUCCCUUGCCCCCUUGCUGAAUAAAAGACUGGAAGUAUAAACUUCCUUGGUUUGCUCAAGGAAAGGCUUCUUAGCUGAACAGUUUAACAUCUUGCCCUAGUGAGUCUUGUAAAGGAGCUUCUUCAGUACUGUUAAUGGACAUAAGAAUGGAGUAUUGCUUGAUCACUAGGUAUGUGCCCAAACACUAAGUUUACAAUCCAGCAGGAAGUUUUCCUUCCUGAGCCUCAAGUAGAAUGAAGGGAAGCUGUGUGUCACACAAGCUUUGGCAGAGCCUCCCAGUCAUUUGCAUGAGACAUGUGGAAGGGGACUUCCUGCAGAAACGUGUCUGAUGCCCACUGGUGGGUCUGGUCACUGUGACAGCCUCUGGGGUGGAAGAAAAUCAUUUUAAAUGUAAUGAAUGUUGCUUAGUACUAUUUCCAUUGACAAGCGGACUAAGGCUAGUGGGCCUCUUAUUGUGCCUUGCAAGCCACGAAAUUACGCUACUCUGUCUGAGAGAGAACCUAGUGCAGGUAUGCGCCUAAGUUAGAUGCGGCCCAACAGCUAUAUAUGAGAAUUCCUCAAAAAGUUUUGUUCAGAUGAGUUUUCUCCUGUGGCAGUAGUAACACAUUUUACUAGUGUAUUGGCACAUCUUUUAGAAAUAUUUCUGCAGAUGUACAUUAAAAUAGCUUUUAGCUGUGCUUUUCCAUUCCAGACACGUAUAUGAAAUAAAACUGAGAAGUUGUAUUUUUAUUUUUUGGGGUUUGUCCUUGAAAAAACAAGGUGUAAAUACCAUAGGAUUUCACUAAUACCUCUUGUUGAAUGUGUUUAUGUGAAUCUGCACUACCAUUUCACCCAGUCGGUGGGCAUGGCAACAGGAACUUUGAAGAUGAGCCAGGCUUGGGAAAGCCAAAGUGGAGGGUCACUGAAUUUCCAUUGAGUGUGUAGUGCAGGCUGAGAAUUGGUCGUGGAGCACUCAUUUCAAUUUUCCAUGCACAGCUGCACACAAAUAAGGUCUCAGUUCACUGGGUUCCCUGAAUGCUCAUAUGAAUGCUAACGUGUAUUUUGAGUCUUCUGUUCGGAACUUCUAAAACAUGCUUCAAAAGAUCCAGAUAACAUCUCCAGCAAAGCCAUUGCUAUGGACAAAUGUGGGGUCUGUCACUAUGAUCCAAGCAACAGGACAGCUUUCAAGGAGUGCGUGUUGGUCCACUUCCACCAAAGACAUUCAACAUCCUGAAGUCAUCUGUAAAGGUGAUAUUUUGCAUUCACCAGGGGUGGGGGAUAGUUGGGAUGUAGUACUUACGAACUUGGUGGUAGAAACUACAGUUCUAGGAGACCUUUGCAGCAAACUUUUGGAGAAGUCGCAUGGAAAUUUCAUAUCGGAAAUGCUCCAUUGUGGUGGUCUUCGACUCCACAGCAGUGCAACAAAUGCAGAAGGGCAAUGACAACUGAAACAGCCACCACUCCAAGAUUUAAAAGCUCGCUACAUCCAUUAUAGUUCUCUGCUUUCUAACUAUCUGUAAGAUUAAAAGCUCAUCUCUAUGGCAUCUAAUGAUGAAACCCUGAAAAGUUACGUGACACGGUUGAUAGACCAAAAAGUGAUGUUUACAAGGAAGGCUAUUUGGAAUGGAAACGUUGGUUUUAAUUGCAAUUUACUGCUGUAGCUUGUUUUAAUUAGAAGGGUGGGAUAUAAAUUUGUAAGAUCAGUGGUGAAAAAGUGUAAUUUUGCUGGGAGACUAUAUUGAGAAGUGUUCACUUGUAUGAUAUUUGGCUAAUAAACUAUGUUUGCAAACACU